UGGCGGAGACGGCCGUGAACUUCGUGACGGAGACGCUGCUCCGAUCACUGGAAAAAGAAGUGAGGUUACAGCUGGGACUGAAAUCAGAAGUGGCGAAAAUAAGCCAAGAUCUACAGACGAUGAAGGCGUAUCUAAAAGAUGCCGACGUGCAGGCAGAAAGGUCGAGCACGAACAGCAUGGUGAAGGACUGGGUAAGGAACGUGAGAGAAAUAGCUCAUGACAUUGAAGACGUCAUCGACAAGUACAGAUACAGGGUGGCCAGGCGCAAGAUAGAGCAACGUCACCAUGCUGGCUUGGCUGGCCGAGCUGUGGGGUUCGUGACCAGGAUUGUCUCGAACCACGAAAUCAGCGACGAGAUCCAGGAGAUCAGGGAGAGAAUAUCUCGCCAGGAUGGCAUCAGAAAAAGCUUGGGGCUCACCGGAGGGGAAGAAGGAGGCGGCGGCGGCCGGACUAAUGGCUGGUCGUGGCAAGACCAGAAGCAAGUAGCACCAAUCCUGGAGGAGCAUCAGGUGGUGGGCUUUCAAGAGCAGAAGAGAACACUCAUGAAUUUGCUUAACAGAGGCAAAAAUAUGACCGUCAUACCCGUUGUUGGCCAGGGUGGCCUCGGCAAGACUACCCUUGUGAGCCAACUAUAUCGUCUCAAAGAGGUGGAGAACAACUUCCAUCGUCGAGCAUGGGUGGAGGUGUCACAAUCUUACGACUCAAAACACAUGCUCAAGACACUCAUCAGGGAACUCAAGUCUCAGAAGGAUUUUGAAUCCGACAAGGCCGGCAUAAGGCAUUUGAACGAACAAGCGCAAAAUUGUCUCAAGAACAACAAGUGCUUAAUAGUGUUCGACGACGUGUGGGACACAGAUUUUUGGGACAGUAUCAAAUCCAUAUUGCCCCCACAGAACAAGAACGGAAGCAGAAUCAUAAUCACUACCAGGAGGCAAGCAGUGGCAGACCACUGCAAGGGUCACGCACACACCGCCGAAGUUAAACCCUUAAACAUGAAACCUCUUGAGCACCAGGAGGCCAAGAAACUUUUCAAUCGGGUUGUCUUCGAUGGUGAUGAGUGUCCUAAAGACCUGCAAAUAUUGUCUCACGAGAUAAUCCAGAAAUGUGAAGGGAUACCACUGGCUAUUACCACCAUUGGGAGUCUUCUUUCAAAGGCAAAUCCAGAUGACAUUUCCAAAUGGCAAAAUGUAUCUAAGAAUCUGAGUCGGAUCUUGGCUACUGAUACCAAUCCCGAGGUUCGAGUGCUGAACGCAAUCGUGUCCGAGAGUUAUUACAAUCUUCCUUAUCAUCUCAAACUUUGCUUCCUCUACCUGGGUAUAUUUCCUGAAGACUACCAUAUUAAUUGCAAGAGACUCAUUCGUUUGUGGAUAGCAGAAGGGUUUGUCCAAGAAGGAAAGACAGAGACUUUGGAACAAGUUGGGAUGAAUUACCUACAAGAGCUGAUAAAUAGAAACUUGGUCCAGGCUGCUGUGACUGAUUUUGAUGGCAAAGUUAGAAGUUACAGAGUUCACGAUAUGAUGCGCGGCUUUAUCUUGAAAAAGUUUGCUGAGGUGAAUUUCUGUCAUGUUUUGGACAACAUUGGAUCAGAUCUGGGAUUCUCAGACUCGCCACGACGAUUAUCAGUCCAACAGAAUUACAGUAAAGACGAGCUUCUUGAUGUUGUUUCAGAUCUGACGGUGGUGAGAUCUUGUAUAUUGUUCAACACUAAAGGGAUUUCAAUUUCUCUGUUGCCAAAGUUCAAGCAUAUGAGGACAUUAGAUUUCGACGAUGCUCCCCUUAAUGUUCUUCCUGAAGAUAUCGGAGAUCUAUACCUCCUGGAAUAUCUGAGUUUAAGAAACACAAGAGUCAAGAAACUUCCUAGAUCAAUCGGAAAACUUGAGAACCUUCUCACUUUAGACCUGAAGAACUCCCAAGUUCAAAAACUACCUAAGGAAAUAAACAAACUUAUCAAGCUUCGUCAGCUUCUGGGUUAUUCCUUCCACGGCGGUAACACUGAUUCAAGCAUGGAUUUUUCUGUCCAAGGAUUGCAGAUAAAAGAAGGCUUUGGGAAUUUCAAGUUUCUACAAAAGCUAAACGCUAUCGAUUUUCCCGUGGAAGCUUCCAUAAUUAAAGAACUUAAAAAGUUGAAGCAGCUAAAGAAGUUGGGUAUCACGAGGCUACGAAGUCAAAAUGGAAAAGAUCUGUGUAGUGUCAUAGAUGCUUUAACCAACCUUACCUCCUUGUGGAUAGGAGCAGUGGACGAGGAAGAAUUUCUAGAACUGGACUCCUUAGCCAACCCACUAAAGAACCUUCAGCGACUUUGCUUGGAGGGUCGUUUACGUAAAUUACCAGAAUGGAUUCCCAAACUCAAAAAGCUAGUGAGACUACGCUUGAUAGGGUCAGGACUAACAGAUGAUCCAGUAUUUGCUCUCAGAAACUUGAAUGAGCUAUUGGAGCUACGACUUCGAAGGGCUUACCAGGGCGAGGAACUGUGUUUCAAGAAAGGGUGGCUAAAAAAGCUCAAGAUUUUACGCCUCAGAUAUCUUCAGCAGUUGAAAACAUUGAAGAUAGAGGAUAAAGCACUGCUACAACUUGAGACUUUAUACCUUGGGCCUUGCCCUCAGAUGGCAGAAGCGCCUGAUGAUUUCCAAAAUCUCAAAAAAUUACAGUCUCUUCGUUUCUGUGACAUGCCUGAUGCAUUCACGUAUAGCAUUCAGGAAGGCCAUUCAAAGUAUAACAUCAUCAAAGACAUACCGCAUAUGUUCUUCCGUAGCAGCGAGCUUGGAUUCAACGGAUACAUCAACAACUCUCUUCACUAUGCUAAUAUUUUGAAGAAUAGAUUCGGUGAUGAAAAUCCUGCGGUCCGCAAUAAUUUGGCUCCCAAAGGCGAGAUGCCAUUUUCAUUUGACAAGAAUAUAAAAGAUCAGUGGUUUUGGGUUACCGCAUUGUUGGUGUGUGCUUUGGCUUUGAUGCUAGCGUUCGUGUCCAAAUAUGUGGAGCAGCUGUCUUAUCGGAUUUUCUGAGGGCAGCUUCCCAAUAUUCUUCACCCGUCACUGUUCUGAAUUUUCUCUUCAGUUGGUUUGGGUUGACACUGAUGUUAUAGUUCCUCUCAGCUGUUGUGUAAGUCUAUGUAUUAUUGUUGAUUAUCCUAUGUGAUGUGAUGUGACUUAGAGAGGAAUAAGUAAUGUUGAGAAGCAAGCGAAUAUGUUGGAGCUGUCUAUUUUAGGUUUGUCUGAUGUUAAACUUCCCAAUUCAUCGUCACUGUAUAUGUCUUGUUAAUUUUUCUUCAGCUGGUGUGCGUGGGCGCAGAUGUUGUUCCCCUCUA